AUGGCCCACGGACGCAGAAGCGUAUAUCUCAACGAUAAACUCGGGAAAGUCAGUCCUAUUGCCAACGGAUCCCUUGCACAAGUCUUUCAUCAACAGCUUCCUUCUUUCGCAAGGACACCACUCGUUUCUCUUGAUGAAUUCGCCCAAGAACUGGGCGUCAAGGCGGUGUACCUGAAGGACGAGAGCAACAGGCUGGGACUCCCUGCCUUCAAGAUUCUUGGGGCAUCAUGGGGAACGUACCGCGCCAUCACGACUGAACUCAACUUGCCUGCCGACUUGUCACUGGAUCAAGUCGCCAAGGCCGCUCAACAGCACUCCAUCUCGCUAUACGCGGCGACUGAGGGUAACCACGGCAGAGCUGUCGCAGCUAUGGCGAAGAUCCUGGGCAUUCCUGCGCACAUUUACAUCCCCAGCAGCGUGGCUGAUGAGACUGUUAAACGAAUCGCAGCCGAGGGCGCAGUUGUCAUUGUGACCGACUCACAUUACGACGAAGCCGUCUUGGAAGCAUGGAAAGCUGCAGCGUCAACCGCCGGCGGACUAUUGAUUCAAGACAACGCGUUUGAGGGCUACGAGCAGAUUCCCGCGUGGAUUGUAGAGGGGUAUUCAACUCUUGUCCUCGAGGCCGAACAGCAAGUUGCUGACAAGGGGCUGAAACCGACCUUGAUGGUUACGCCUGUCGGUGUUGGUUCUUUGGCCCACGCAGUCGUAUCCCAUUGCAAGUCUGGGGGACGGGACUGUGCAGUUUUAUCCGUCGAACCUGAUACUGCACCAUGUCUUUGGACGAGUCUCAUGGCCGGCAAACCGGUGUCGGUGCACACAUCCCGAACCGUCAUGGAAGGACUCAACUGUGGCACCGUUUCGCUUACAGCGUUCGAUGAUCUCCAGGCGGGUAUUGACGCCAGCGCGACUGUCUCCGACUUUGAGGCCCACGAGGCCGUGGAGUAUCUCAGGAACAAUGGUGUCAAGAGCGGGCCUUGUGGUGGUGCGACAGUUGCGGCACUUCGACGCCUUGCCGAAGUCAGUCCGCGACCCAGCUUUCUCUCCAAGGACGCCGUGGUGGUACUGUUGAACACGGAGGGCCAGCGCAAUUACAAGACCCCUUGGACGUAUUUGUCCAAGGCUUCAGGCGCGGGAGAGACAGAGAUUGCAAAUUACAUAUCCGCCUGGCUGCAGCACCGCAACAUCGAAGCUCACUGGUUGGAGAAGAAAUCGGGCAGGCCAUCGGUAGUGGGUGUGCUCCGCGGUCAGGGAGGCGGCAAGUCUAUCAUGUUGAACGGACACAUUGAUACAGUCAGUCUGUCAAGCUACUCAUCGGACCUUGAUCCCUUGAGUGGGGAGCUGAGACCGGAAGGGGGAGGACGAAUCUUUGGACGCGGGAGCGCAGAUAUGAAGUCUGGCGUCGCUGCUGCCAUGGCUGCAAUGGCUCAGCUCAACUCAUCUUCUGGCUCGGUUUUACGUGGCGAUGUGAUCUUGGCUGCUGUAGCCGAUGAAGAAAACUUCUCAUUUGGUACAGAAGAGGUCCUCGGAGCUGGAUGGAGAGCCGAUGCAGCCAUCAUCCCAGAACCUACGUCCCAAGAGAUCAUCAUCGCCCACAAGGGAUUUGUCUGGGUUGAGAUCGAGAUUCUUGGCGUUGCGGCUCAUGGAUCUAUGCCUGAACAAGGCGUGGAUGCUAUACUGCUUGCAGGAGCGGUACAGACGGCACUCCUAGAAUAUUCCAAGACACUGCCAUCAGAUCCCCGUCUGGGAAAGGCUUCGUUGCAUGCUGGUCUGAUCCAGGGCGGUGAGGAGCCCUCGAGCUAUCCAGCGCGCUGCACUCUCACGGUCGAGUUUCGUACCAUUCCGUCACAGACGUCAGACUCCAUUCUCCACGACGUCGAGGCCAUUUUGAAGCGCAUCGGGUCUAGCAACCCCGAGUUCACGUACUCUCCUCCCCGCGUUACGUUUUCGCGGCCGUCCUUUAGCCUGAACGCAGAAGACGAUUUUGUCAACACAUUUGUGGCGGGUGUUUCAAGAACGCUAGGCAAAGCCCCGGCCCCUCAGCAUUGUCAUUCUGGUGCGACGCCGCGUUGUUGUAUGAGGUUGGCAUUCCAUCUAUCGUGUAUGGACCCAGUGGCUAUGGGAUCCAUGGCAAGGAGGAGUGGUCAGUAUUGA